GUUUAGUUGAAAUUCAUACAGAGUCGCGAACAGUUGGACUUAUGGUAUCCUUUCGCAAACAUAUCAUUCAGCUAUAUUUAGUAGAUCCUAGACCCUUUAUUUUAAAGCCAAUUUUUUAAAUAUGAAACAGUUUUCUAGUAAUGUUAGUACUUACUCACUAGAGAUAGUUGUGUUUAUCGGGAUCGUGUUUGUAGCAGUCUUUAAGGACGCUAGCUCAGCUUACUCGGGAAACAGUCAUCGAGAAUUGGAUAUUUGCAGUCAUUGGAAUGGCCGGAGACAUUUUCUCGAACUUGGAGAAAGGGGCGAUUUACAUGCCCGUAAUGUUACUACUUCAGCAUAUCGGAGUACACUAUAUACACCUCUUAAUAUAAGGAAUCGCACAAACGACAUCUGGUACCAAUGUAAUUUAGAAUUGGUUACUUGUGCGGAAUGUGUAAUUCGCAUAACAUUUACGUACGUGAACUUUUCCAAGGUAUGUGAAAGAAUCACCAAUAAUGGCGUAGGUGGAAAAUCGCCCACAAUGUGUCCUUGCGAGCAUAUUCAAUUUUCGGAACCACCUUAUGAUGCAACCAUAUCGGGACAGGAGUUCUGUGGUGAUGGCAAGGUGUUUCGCAGCAAGACUCGAACUCUUCUAUUAAAGUUCUUCUAUCGUGCCACUAACAGUCAUAUCUUCACACUGCAAUAUUUUUCAGAAAGAAACGUUAAGAUAAUAAGUGGUUCGCCAACACAAUCCAUCGUCAGUAACUAUUCACAGUUCAUGCCACAAAUCAUUUCAACACCCUACUUCCCUAUGUCAUAUCCACGUGACUAUGGAAUUGAGCAUAUUCUAACAUGUGAAGCAGACAACUGUCAAGUUCGUUUGGAGUUCACAGACUUCCAACUGGGAUUAUCGUCGACUCUAGAGGUUUUCGACUCAAAUGGCCAAAUGCUAGACUCAUAUGCUGGUGAGCAUUUUCGUCCGCCGAUCAUCAUAAGCAGUGGGAAAUCGUUGCUGCUGCAAUUUCGUGGUAAUGGUGUUACAGGAUCCGGUUUCAGAGCGGAAGUCUCAUUUGUCUCAGCUAAACAGCUCAAGGAUCAACAGUUGAUACCUAAUACUGAUUGCGGUGGAAUGGUUUCUGGACCAGGAGGUGCAAUAACAAUGAUGAAUAUGAUUGAUAAUUCCACGGACGUACGACUGUAUGAUUGCAUUUGGAUAAUUAAGCCCGGAAAUAACUACAUGAUGAUGAAGACGCAUAUAUCGUUGAGAUUGGAAUCAUUCUUCGGAAUGGCAUCACGAUCGGAGCUCACAAUUCGCCAAGGGACCACUUCAGAUGCUUCGGCCAUUGAGAGUGUUGUUUGGCCAAAUAAUGGAAUGAGCAAGGAAAACCAUAUUGUUCCAAUUUUAACUGGCUAUUACAUCCGGUUGAGGGGAGUCUUUGGAAUGUCUUCCAAGCUUGCAAUAGUUUACAGUGUCUUCAAUUAUCUAAAUUGCUAUAUUGGAUCCGAGUUCUUGUGCAACAACAAUCACUGUAUAUCAAUUCGUCUACAUUGUGAUGGAUUUGAUCAUUGUGGAGAUGGGAGUGAUGAGCCCGAAUCGUGUGAAGAGGACUGGGCUCAUCUGCAGAGCGAUCGGCGAUGGUAUUCCCACAAGCCCAAUUACUAUUUUCCCAAAAUGGAGCAAUACCCAGAUCUCAAGACCGCAACAGGAAUAUUCGUGAUGAGCACUUUGGGAAUUUUUGCAGUCCUUUCUGGAUGGAUGGUGAUUCUGUAUAGAAUGGGUGUGCGGGCGAGACAUCAGCGAGAGUUGCAGAAUCAUUUGCAAACAAUCAGUGAGCUGUUAGAUCGACAAGAAGAACUGACGACAGAUGAGCCACCAGAUUAUGAGGCGCCGCCAGACUAUGAAGAAGUUAUUAAAAUCGGGAUGGAGCAGGAGAUAAGUCAUGAAUCACGCCAAAGGCAGAGAAGACAUCGAAGGCAUCACCAUGACCAAUCAAGAUCACGAAGUCGAGGCAGAACUAGCAGCAACCUUCCCCAGCCGGCUGUACAUGUGUACGGUCCUUCAACUUCUUCAGCAGCAACGUCAGCUUCAACACCAGCAGCAUCAACAUUGAAUCCAAUGGAAAAUCCCAUACAAGAGCUAGCCUCGCGUGUAUUGCAGGCAACUGCGGCUUGUGACCUUGCAGAACCGGGCACAGAGAGGCAAUGCAUCAGGUGCUCGACGAGCAGUCAACCCAUGGGGAAUGCAACGAGCGCAACAUCGAUUUCCAUUGGGGGUGAAUUACCCACAACCUGUUCGGAGCUCCAGGUUUCCAAUCAGCAACGCCAGCCACAACCAAGCUCUUCGGGCUCGCCAACGCAGUUUGAGGAAUGCUCUAAUGAGUUUAGAGACGAAUCCCUUAACAUUUCCUUUACCUUAGCCAUACCACAAACAUUAACGGGAAGUGAUACAAAAUCACAACGUCCCAAGAGCAAUAUUUGUACUGAAAAUACUUAUCUAAAGCGUUCAUGGGUUGUUUUCAACAAUGGUAAUCAAAAUUUUAGAGUUCAACGACUAAGGCAUACGUUUUCGUCUCCUGAAACAUUUUUGAAUGAUUUUCUUCCACCGGAGUCCUUGAAUUAUGGCACCAAUUUGCCAAUCGACAGAAACUCAUACAUUAGCAAUGCCAGUAUUUUCGGUUCUGAACUUUCCAGAGAUCCCUCGCCAAUAACUGAUCAUCGUCAAAUUCUAUCUACUCCAUCAAAUCCACUAGAUAUGUUCAACCAAGUCAUCAAGUCAAGAAGCAGCUCCCACACUCAAUCGGAUUCAGAACGAGAUGUCAAUUUCGAUUCGCAUUCCUCUGCCCAUGGCGGCUCUGAGAGAACAGAAAAACCAUCUUGCAGUCAUUACAAACAUCGCCCGACGCAUAGCAGCGGAAGUAUUUGUUAUGACUUUGAAUUGGAACCAAUUAAGCAAAGUGAAAUGGACAUCUUGGAAAAUUCAGCUUCAGCAUCAUGUUUUGGAAAUGUUAACAAUCCAUUCCGAGUAAGCAAUAAUAAAAAGCGAAAUACCCACUUUAGACGUCACGUUCGUAGUAAAUCAUUUACGAACGAUGCUGGCAGUCGAAAGAGGUCAACACGACUAAGAAGAACUUCAUCGGCAGAUUUGCUGCUGCAGCGUUUAACGCCGAAAAAGGAACGUUCAAGAAUUUACGUAAUAUAAAUUUCUAUAAUUUUUUUUUAGUCAUAUUGUAUUUCUUCUUCAACAACAAAAAUUAAAAUGGCAGUCUAGUCUUAUUUAAGAAUGUACAAUGUUAAUAAAAACAGCCAUUCGGAUAGUAUAAAUGUAGGUAGAUUUUAUGCGUAAUAAGGGAAUUAUAUAGUGUUUAUAUAUAUUUUUUAAGUAAAUCGUUUAUUUUAAUAAAUAAUAUUGAUAUAUGCAUGAAUGGGUGUAAAAUAUAUUAAAGACGGUUUAAUAAGA